AUGGAAAGCAUGCAAGAGAACUUCACACCAGUGCCAGCGCCGAUUCGUGUGACAGUGGAGGCACCGAUCAACAUUGCCUUCAUAAAGUAUUGGGGAAAACGUGAGGGGGGUGAAAAGCUCAUACUGCCCACCAAUGACUCCUUUAGCAUAACACUCUCCACGAAGCCGUUCCGCUCCAAGACAUCGGUCGAGCUUCGCCGCGAUGCCACCGAGGAUGAGCUAUGGCUGAAUGGAAAGAAGAGUAACAUCCAGGAGACGCCGCGCAUUCAGUCGGUGCUCUCGUGCAUCCGAGCUAAUUGCCCAAGCCAUCUGAAGAGUCUGAAGGCGUACAUCGUCUCGGAAAACAACUUUCCGACAGCAGCCGGUAUGGCCUCCUCUGCCAGCGGCUACUGCGCGCUUGCCUCGGCGCUCGUGAAGGCGUACAGCGCCACCGUGGAUGUGUCCAUGCUGUCGCGACUCGGCUCUGGCAGCGCAUGCCGCAGUGCGUACGGUGGCUUUGUGAUUUGGCACAGGGGUGAGAAGCCGGAUGGCACCGACUGCAUCGCGACGCAGUUUGUGGACGAAAAGUACUGGCCGGAUAUGCAGGUACUCUGCGCCGUUCUCAAGGGCGAGAAGAAGGAUGUGUCGAGCACGACUGGCAUGCAGCAGUCGCUCAAGACAUCCCCGAUGAUGAGUGACCGCAUUGCGUCUGUCGUGCCGGCUCGCAUGAAGGCAGUCAAGGAGGCAAUUCAGCAGCGGGACUUCAACAAAUUUGCGGAGAUCGCGAUGGCUGACUCCGAUGACCUGCAAGAGAUCUGCCACACGACAGUGCCCUGCAUCCAGUACGCCACGGAGGACAGCUACGCCAUGAUCCGCCUCAUCCGUGCCUUCAACGCCAAGAAGGGUUACAACGCCAUGGCCUACACCUUCGAUGCCGGCGCGAACUGCUUCAUGUUCACCCUCAAGAAGAAUCUCCCGGAGGUAGUGGCGAUGCUGUGUGCGCAUUUUCCCACCUCAUGGGAGCAGAUGUUUUUCCACGACGCAGCCCUCUUGGAGGAGUGCAAGGCGUACAAGCUCCCCACAUCUUUCGAGGGGCUCAUCAACUACCCGAAGAGGCCGUUGGAGAUGCUCCUCCAGUCCCCCGUGGGCCAAGGUGUCAUUCACCUUGACGACGCCGAGUCCCUCAUCUCCCCGCACACCUAG